UAAUAAGCGAACCACCGAUCUAAAGGAAGCGCCGCUUAUAUACGGUAAGAACUCCUCGAAGGAAGACAAAUUGCACGCGAAAAUACAGUAACGGAAGCGGCAAUUUUCCGUAAUAUCGAUACUAUAAGGAUGCGGGCUAUCCAGUGUUACGUUUGCCUCGCGUUGCUGCUGAUGACAGCGUCGGCCGUCCCGGCGUCGUCAAAGGGCGACUCAGCCAAGAUAAAAAAAACCUCAACGACCACGUCCGGAGGAGGCAAGAACACCUCGGCGAUCACCGCGACGACGGCAGCGUCGAGACCGAUCGCGAACGCCACGUUACAUUCGUCGUCGUCUUCCUCAGUCGCGACAGCGGUGACGACGACGAGGACGACGGCAACGGUGCCGCAGACAGUCGCUACAUCCGCCACGACGACGCUGAAGCUGCCGGCCUCGUCAACGACGAUCGCGGCGACAGCGACGGGGACGACAGCGACAACGACGACAUCCGUGUCGUCGUCGCUAACGUCGUCCACGGCGAGUCUCCCGACCUCCCGUACUCCGCAGGAUGGCUCGAGUCCCACCUACAUCACCGAGACAUCGCCGAGGAUAAUUUCGCCUACUCAACAUACCGCAGCCACGGUGUUGUCAUCGAGAAAAUCAGCGGCUUCUGCAACCGCUGCCGUCGUCGAUGUCACGACCACUUCGCCUUUGACGGCCAAGGAGACACGGGAAUCGCCCGGAAAGAUUAGACCGCAAAUCAAACUGACAACAAAUUACACCACCGCCAGCGAGACGGGGGUACGAUUGCCGGAGGGAGCGAGCGCGGCGCUCGCAAAACCAACCAAAUAUCACUACUAUCCGCACAAUCAGCAUAUCUACUUGCUGCUUCAGCAGGUGUGCAACGCUGUUUACAUCCGAUUGAACUUCACGCAACCGCUGUGCGCCUGUCCCGGAAGGUACCGGGAUCCUUGUAGUGCAUCCUUGGACAGCGACGACCUGCACACAACCGAACUGGUGACCGAUCCGCGAACCAAGGCCUUGACCUUGGUGAAAACGUGCGAGCCGGUCGCCGAGAUGCGAGAGUGCAGAGCUUCGCGGGACUGGUCUCUGUUGGCGUUGCAGAACGUGCGUACGGGAAAGUCUCACUAUCUCGUAAUAUGCCGAUGUCCCGACACAAACAUACUCGAGGGACCUAUGAGCCACGAUCAACCGACUUACGCCAGUGUCCCGGGUAUUCGGGUGUACGGAAUGAUGUGCGUACAGGGGAACAGAAGGGGACGACCGCUACGAUAUUCGCGCAGUGUUUUUGAACACGCAGAGGACGAAGAGAAACCACGUUUCCCCUGGGACAAGGUGCGACAAUUACUGGCGACGCCGUCUCUCUGGGAAUAGUUUCGCGAUGCGAUAUCCCACCCUGUAUCUGCCAUCGACGAAUUUACGCGUUAAUUUAUAAUGCUAUUAUUAUAUUUAUAAUUCUCCCAUUCAGCCAUUCGAAUCCCAUGCCCGAACUCUCUUCAUCUUCCUACCAUUUCCCUCUUAUUACUCUCACGCUUCCGUAACCCUCGAACGGGCGCACCGUAGUGUGAAUUAAUGUAAAUUAACAUUAAUUAAUUAUUAAUCUCAUACUAAUUUAUUAUUAAUUUCAUACUACGUAAUUUUUCGUUCAAAGAAUUAUUUUUGCUCUAUCUGCAUCGAUUAAUUAUUGAUCACAAAAAGUCAAACCGGAAGAAAGGUAACUUUUAGAAACGCAAACAUCAGCGUGUCCGCACGAGGGUUAACAGACACGAUAGGACGAAAUCGUCUAUGUCACUUGUAUUCUCAUCUUUACAUAAUUACUCGUCUUAAGCAUAUUUAUUAUUCAUGAUUUCUAUAUUAUUUGUAAUUUUAGCUGUCGAUUAAUUACACACGACAUACACAAAUUGCAAUGAGGAAGACAAACGGCUUCGCCGCCUACUCAAAUGUAAAGAGCUGUCUGAUUGCGCGUAAUCUUACAAAAGAAAAAAAAAUAGGAAUAUAUUUGGCACCUGAAUUUUCGACAGGCAAGCCCUUAAAAAAUCUACUUUCCUCAUUACCAAAAUACUAAGUAAAAUAUGUUAAUUACUAUAUAUUCCAAAGGUAUUUGUUCAUUUUUCCAAGAUUCACA